UGGCCUACCUUGUAAAGAUGAAGGUUUUCCAAAAGGUGAAAGUGGGCUUUCUGAUGGUUGGCCACACCCACGAAGAUAUUGAUCAGGUCUUCAGCAGAGUUGCAUCAUGGAUACGACGGCGGGACAUGGUCACCCUGCAGGACUUGGUGGACAACCUCAGGGAUAGUCAGGAGCCAUCCCCUAUUGUGGAGCAACUAACAUGCUACGAUUAUAAGCAUAGCCUUGAAGGCUGCAGGGGCCUGAUUCAGGGUAUUGCAACCCCACACCAUUUCAUAAUGACAGAAAUGGAUGGGAAGGUGGCCCUGCGCUACCGUGACUGGCCAGGAUCACCAGACCACCAUCUUGACAUUGCUGGGUAUAUCCCACAGAACUUUGAUGCGGUUGGUGUCACCACCAAUCCCAAAGUUCUUGGCGAGAUACAGCAAAUGUCAGCUGACAUGGUGAAAUGGCAGGCAACAGGGAGGUUGUCAACAACUGCUGUUGAGUGGUGGACAAGGUACUUGGCAGGAGUGUCAGAUGAAAGGGAACCUUGUGUUCCCUUUGUUGAUACCCUUCCAAGGCAACAGCCAUGGUCACCUCCACAGCAGGAGUUAGCCACCUUUCUGUUGAGUGCUGCCCGGGGUCAGGCUGCACAUGUCAGCCGUCAAGUAUGCUUGAAAAUUAAGAAAAAAAGGUGUAAUUAUUGUAAUAAUGAAAUUCCUCCAGCUCUCUCAUUUUGAAAGCUUUUAAUGCCACCAAAGGAGGGAAUAUAGUGUGAUAGUGAUCAUACUGUCCAUCCGUCUGUCUGUCACAUUUUGCCUUAAGGGUUCGAAAAAUGAUCAUAACUUCUUUGUCAAUUCAGAUAUAACCUUCAUAUUUUGUAUGCAUGUGUAUAUAGACAAGGCCUUUCCAUACGCAUACAAAUUUUGACCCCUGUUAUCUUGACCUUGAAGUAAGGGUCCGCAUUUAGGUUUCGAAAUCUGCAUUUGUUUUCGAAAAACGCUCAAAACUUCUAUAAAAGCGUUUUUCAUGGGCAUAUGUCAUCCUAUAGAAACAGCUCUUGUUUGCGUUACAUUGUUAAAUUCUGCAUACAAAACAGGUAUAAUAAUUGGGCAUUAAAUAGUAAAAAUUAGUGGAAGUAGAUUAUCGCAUUGAAUCUGAAAUUUUCACUU